GCCGAGUGGAAGUUGCAUAUAGUGAAUAUAAAGUAUGGAUAGACGCACAUAUCAUUAUAUCCAUACACUCACUUCGAUAUGUAUCAAUCGAGAUUAUGGGGGGUAAAUCUGGGGAAAGCUCGAAGAAAAAAAAGUGACAUCCUUUGUAACCUUUUCAACAUCACAACCUCGACGACAAGAUGUCGACGGAGAAACCCAGCCCGCUACGAUCCAUCAUAGCGGGCGCCACGGCCGGCGCAGUCGAGAUCGCGAUCACAUACCCGGCCGAGUUCGCUAAGACGAGGACACAGCUCAACCGCAAGUUAGCCGACGGCCAGAAGCUCCCGUGGCCGCCCUUCGGCAAGCAGUGGUACGCCGGCUGCACCACCCUGAUCAUCGGCAACUCCGCCAAAGCCGCGAUCCGCUUCGUCUCCUUCGAGCAGUAUAAGCGCCUCCUCGCCGACGAGAAUGGCAAGGUUUCGGGCCCCAGGAACGUCAUCGCCGGUUUCGGCGCCGGUGUCACGGAGUCGCUGCUCGCUGUCACGCCGACCGAGUCUAUUAAGACGACGUUGAUCGACGAUCGCAAAUCGCCGAACCCUCGAAUGCGUGGUUUCUUACACGCCGUCCCGAUUAUUGCGAGAGAGCGGGGAAUUCGAGGGUUCUUCCAAGGUCUCGUGCCCACGGCCGCUAGACAGUCGGCCAACAGCGCCGUGCGAUUCGGCUCGUAUACUAGUCUGAAGCAGCUCGCCGAAUCGUAUACCGCUCCCGGCGAGAAGCUCGGAACGGUUGCUACGUUCGGUAUAGGAAGCGUCGCAGGUGCUAUUACCGUAGCCGUGACCCAGCCUCUCGACACGAUCAAGACGAGGAUGCAGAGCAUCGAAGCAAAGCAGGUCUACGGCAACAGUUUCCGAUGCGCGACCUUGAUAUUCAAGCACGAAGGCAUCUUGACGUUCUGGAGCGGAGCCUUACCUAGGUUAGCGCGACUAGUCAUGAGCGGCGGCAUUGUCUUCUCCAUGUACGAGAAGAGCAUAGAACUUAUGCGGACGUUGGACCCGGAAAACAAGUACAUAUAGACAUCGGUGCGCGAAAAGUUUAUUAGACAGAUACCCAGCAAUCAGGGGACAGGACCUGGAAUGGCGUUCCAACAUUCGUUUGAAUGAGGAUGGGAUGUGCGACUACCUUCGAACUAUUGCCGGAGGGGUGAUAGGUAACUACACUAGUCCACCUCUCGGGUUUUGACCCGUGAAUUCGAUCGUGAGGCUACUACUCAGCCUCCGUAGUAUAGCCCCAUAGCGGCUGUGAUGGGCACG